AUGGAAUCGUAGUAAAUAAGCUUCUAUAGAAAUUCGCAGUUGUUCCUGUCGCUCAAUUAGUGCAUAAUAUAGGCUUCAUGUGCACCCCAAUUUUGAACCAACUUCUAGUAUCUUUAAUAAGCUUAAUGUCUCCUAACAGGUAGUGGUUUGGGUUCCAUGUUUCUACUUAUUGGUAGUUUAUUGGUUCUUGCUGUACUUCAAAAGAGAAAGGACAACAAACGCAAGCAGAAAUUCUUCGAGCAAAAUGGAGGUCUCUUGUUAACGCAAAAGCUUACUUCCCAUGGAGGAAAUGUUGAAGCUACCAAAAUUUUUACAGAAAAAGAACUAGAGCAAGCAACUAACAACUAUGCUGACAGUGAGAUCCUUGGUCAAAGAGGGUACGGUACAGUAUACAAAGGAAUUCUACCUAAGGAUAGGAUUGUUGCCAUUAAGAAAUCAAAAGUAGUGGACAAGAGUCAGAUUGAGCAAUUCAUAAAUGAGCUGGUCAUUCUUUCCAAAAUUAACCAUAGAAAUGUAGUGAGGCUAUUGGGUUGUUGCUUAGAGACUAAGGUUCCUAUAAUAGUGUAUGAAUUUGUGAGGAACAAAACCUUAUACCACCAUAUCCAUGGUGAGGUAUGCAAUUCUCAAAUUUCAUGGGAUAAUCGUCUAAAGAUAGCUACGGAAACAUCAGAGGCACUAGCUUAUUUGCAUUCUGCAGCUUCACCACCUAUCAUUCUCAAAGAUAUUAAGUCUACAAAUAUUUUAUUGGACGAUAAUUAUACGGCAAAGGUGCCAGACUUUGGUGCAUCAAGAUUGGUUCUUUUAGACCAAACUCAAAUUGCUACACUAGUGCAAGGAACAUGUGGGUACUUGGACCCAGAGUAUAUUCAAUCAAGUCAACUCACAGAAAAGAGUGAUGUUUAUAGCUUUGGCGUAGUAAUUGCAAAGUUAUUAACUAGAAAGAAGGCAGUCUUUAUUGAUGAUCAAACUGGUAGAGAGACAAAUCUAGCUAAGCAUUUUGUCACUUCAUUCAAAGGGGGUAGUGUUUGGAAAAUUAUAAAUGAUCGGGUCAUGACUGAAGGGAGCAAAGAAUAACUCCAAGAAGUCAUAAAACUCGCAGAAAAAUGUUUAAAAGGAACAGGGGAAGAAAGACCAACAAUGAUGGAAGUGGCAAAAGAGCUACGGGAGUUGAUAAGGUAUCAGAGGA